AUGGCAGCCCUGCAGCAGGCUGGGGUCAGCGCUCUGCUCGCGCUGCCGGUUGCCAACGGCCUGGGCGUGGCGUGCGGCAGGUUCCUCAAGGGCCGCUUCGAGCGGCAGCUGCCUUCCGCGGCGGAGAGGCCGACGCACGGCGGUCGGCUGCUGCAGCACCUGUGCUCGGUGGCGCUGGUUGCCCUCGUGUACUGGCUGUGGGCCUUCAGGAACGGAGGGAGAUCGUCCUCGCAGGACGUCCAGAUGGAGGCGUGGUAG